AUGGUGACAGUCCAUUUUGGGAAGGGCGGCGGCGGCGGUGGCGGCGGUGGGCCCCACGAUGGCGGCGGCGCGUAUCAUGUAAUUUUACGGUCGAAAUUAAGUAAUGUAACCCAAACAGCUGCAGAAUGUCAGGAAAAUUUAGUAGAUUAUCAGAUUAUAAAUAGUCCUGUUGUACAAUCUAAUGAUGACAGUGUAGAAAACGUUAAAAAAACUAAAGAAAUCACAGAUCCAAUAAGUUUCCAACAUAUUAAAGAGGGAAUUCUAACUAAGAUUUUUGCACUAAUGGAAGAAAUGAAAUUUGAAAUGACAACAAUGAGAAGAACUCAGGAGGAACUGAAAUCAAAAAUAGAUACUUUACUAACAGUAAAUGAUAACAUAAGCAUAAACAGAUUUAGUCGACUACUUCCGAUUAGUUCCAUAGAAGAUUUCAUUGAAAUUGAAAGUUCUUUGCUAAAGUCUGAACAGGACUUUGUAUCUCUGAUUAAAUACCUCAAUCUUGCGUCUGGAGAAACAAUAAAUCAAUUAGUGCCAUCAGUAAUGAAAAUAAUCAUGAAGAAGAGCGUUUCAAUACAAUUUAGUGGUUGCGGAAGAAAAAAGAAACGUAAUUUUUCUGCUACAAAAGUUGCUGCUGCAGUGUAUGAUGAAAUAAAAACAUUCGCAGCGACAUUACAGUUUUAUUCCAGUAAAGCAUAUGAAUAUGUUAGAAAAGUGUUCAUGAAUAGUUUGCCACACUUACAAACUGUUAGGCGAUGGUAUACGAAUGUUAGUGGCCUCCCUGAAAUAAGUAAGGACGCAUUAGCAACUGUUCAAAUAAAAGUAAAUGAAGCGGCAGAGAACAUGAAGCAUUUGUACUUUGCACUUAUUGUUGAUGAUAUGUCAAUUAGGCAACAAAUUGAGAUUGAUGGAGAUAGGUAUUCAAGAUAUAUUGAUUAUGGAACAAAUAUAACAGAUAAUGAUAGCCUACCUGAAGCUAAAUAUGCGGCUGUGUUUUUAUUAGUUAAUAUAAAUGGAGGAUGGAAAAUUCCUGUCGCCUACUAUCUGAUAAAUUCAUUGAAUGGCUCAGAAAGAGCAAAUUUGGUGCAAGAAGUAUUACUAGCUGUAUAUAGUGUUGAUGCUACAGUUAUUUCUUUAACAAUGAAUGAUACUGCAAGCAAUAUUAACACUGUUCAAUGUUUGGGUGCUAAUUUAUCAAUGAUUAAUUUAAAACAUUAUUUCUUACAUCCAGCGACUGGAGAAAAAGUUUAUAUCUUCUUAGACGCAUGUCAUAUGAUUAAACUUAUACGGAAUGCAUAUGCAACAAUGAAAGAUUUUCGAGAUGAAAAUAACAACAUAAUAAAAUGGAAAUAUGCAUUAGAUUUAGUUAAAAUACAAGAAAUUAAAGGAUUACAUGCUGGAACAAAAUUGAGGAGACGACACAUUCAAUAUGUAAAUGAAAAAAUGAAUAAAUUGCUGCACAAACCUUAA